AUGUUAUUUAUCAAAUUUUCAAAUAAGGAAAGUUUGAAGGCGAUCAAGAGUACUCCCUUCCGGAUGUGUUUCAAUACAUUAACCAAUUGGUAUUUAGUGAGAUUAGGUUUUAAGAUUGGAAGAGAGUUUCCAAAUGAGUUAAUAGAAAAAAUUAGAUCAAAUCAUCCAACUCAUGCUUAAGGGUAUUAUUUUACAGUUAACGAUCUUGUCGAGAUGACCUUUAAGGAGUAUUAGAAUUAGCUUUAAAUUAAACAGGAGUCUAACAAUUAAAUUCUAGUGUAUAGGAGCGAGUACAAAAAAUUAUAGGAUGAAUUAUAAUAAGCAAGGAAAGAUGAAAGACAGAAUGAAUAUGAGAUAGAUAAUGAUAGCACUUUAUUUAUUACAGUUUCACAUGGUGAAUGCUUGAAAAUGGCGAAGUACUAGAUUUUGAUAACACUAUUCACUGUUUAGCAACAAACUAAAAUAUCCGACAUGACCAUACAUCCAAUUUGGAAUGAGGAAUUCUAAAUUCAUGUUCCAUCGCCUCAUGGUUAGAUCUUUGUUGGAUUGUUCGACACAGAGUAACAUUUGAUUGGACAGUUGUAAUUACCCCUGUAUCAGUACAAAGAUUAAUAACAGCAUACGUAGGAUUACAUCUUGGAGAAUGAAUAUGGUGUAUUAAUAAAUUCAAAACUAAAAUUGAAUUUAACAAUUUUAUGGGUUCAUAGCAAAGUGGCCUUGUUGGAGGAUCAUAUAACAAGUGUGAAUCAAUUCAGGAAAGAAAUUGAGGAACAAUAAGUGAUUGUUAAUAAGGCUAAUUACCUAUUGGAUGCUCUGACAUUCACCUUUAAUAGAUCCAGAAUCUAGAGAAUGCCUCAAAUAACCAAUGUUCAAUAACAGUUCUAAUAGCCUGCAGUGUAACAAAGUGAAGAAUAAGAUUGGAAAAUUAAUUACUAGGACACUAUGUAUACAAUGGCAAAAUAAUUCAAAAGAGAACAUCAAGACACAAUAGAGGAAUGGUAAAGAGUGGUGAUGAUUUUAAGUUCAAUCACAACUAUAUUCUCUUUGAUUUUUGUAUCUUUGUCUAGACCUUGCUUUUAAUAACUAACAUCAACUAUGUCUAUAGGUAUGUUGGUCUGGGCAUACAGAGUCAACUACAUAAAGACAACAAAGAUUUUAGCCUAAAUAUCAUUGAUAAUAUUAAUUCAAUGUAUUUUUGAUACUAUUUGGUUGAUAAUCAAUUAUGUAAAUUCAUAAAUAUCCGAUUUUAGGAAGAUUGGUGGACAAGAAAUCUUAUGA